GGAGUGGAGGGCGGCGCACCCGCCCGGGGCAACGCGUGGGGCACGGGAGAAGGGGCUGGUGGAAAGGUGGGGUCCUGCGGGGGCCGGCGCGUGGGAGCCGGGCUGGCCGGGGCGGGGUGAGUCACCGCCCGCCCGCUCCCAUUGUGCGGCCCAGCGGCGGCGGCGGAGCUGCGGAGCCAAGCGGGAGGAGGUGGAGCCGCGGGCUGCGGGCUCCGGCGCCUGCGUCUGCCCGACUCCCCGCGGCCGCGGGCGCCCCCCGGCCGUCCGACCCUGCGUGGCGACAGGCCCCGAAGCCCGCGCCAGAGGGAGAUGGGGCGCGGCGGCCGGCCCAGGCCUCGCACUCUCCGGAGCCCCGAGGGCUCCCCAUUAGGUUCGCGCAGCGCCCCCUUCUUCUCACCUGGGUCACGGGUCCCUCAGUGAGUCCGAGCCUCCCAAGCUGCUUCUCCGGACAUGGCCAACGGAGUGAUCCCGCCACCCGGGGGCGCCUCCCCCCUACCCCAGGUCCGGGUGCCCUUGGAGGAGCCACCUCUGAGUCCAGACAUGGAGGAGGACGAUGACUUGGGCAAGACCUUGGCUGUGAGCAGGUUUGGGGACCUCAUCAGCAAGCCCCCGGCCUGGGACCCCGAGAAGCCCAGCCGCAGCUACAGCGAGCGGGACUUUGAGUGUGGGUAGCCCGGGGACCCCUAGUGUGGCCGCCCUCACCGCCAUCACCUUCAUUUGCCACCAUCACCGUGCUCACCACUGGCUGGGUCACCCAGGGCCAUCUUAUGCUGGACGCUGUGCUGGGCCACCACGCCGUGUUAAGUCAUCCUGCCUCACUCACCCAUCACCUGUCUGCCUGCCAGGGGAGCUGGGCCCCAGACCGAGGGGAGAUGUAGGGAGAUGGGCCCGAGGCCACUCUUGGUGACCUUCAUCUUCCUCAAGGCUCUGUCCUUCCUCUGGCCCUGCCCUUUCCUCUAGGCCACCUCUCCUCCCCUCCUUGUCUCGGCUGACUCCACCUUUACUUUCUUUGCUGUAUCCUGGCCUCUCAUACCCCCAUCUUCCCCUCUCCAUCACUCCAUCCCCCACUCUACCAGGCCUUACCCAUGACAGGCUGUGGAUACAGGUGUUGGGGGGAGCCUGACUCUGGAGAAAGGACCAGGGUGCCCUUCUUUGCGGCCUUGAGCUAGAAUAAUAAGUUCACCGACACACAUCCCACCACACCCACCACCCGCUCUCGGCGCGCCUGCCUCCACCCCACAAGCUGCGGCGACUGCCCCCCACCUCUGCUCGGCAGACCAGGAGGAAGAGGAAGAAAGAGAAAACCUCUGCUCCCCCCUCCGAGGGGACCCCUCCCAUCCAGGAGGAGGGGGGAGCCGGAGUGGAUGAGGAGGAGGAGGAAGAGGAAGAAGAGGGGGAAUCUGAGGCUGAACCUGCAGAGCCCCCACCCCCAGGGUCCCCACCGAAAGCAAAGUUCUCCAUUGGAAGUGACGAGGAUGACAGUCCUGGCCUCUCCGGGAGGGCUGCCUUCACCAAGCCCCUGCCCUCGGUGGGCCCAAGCUCGGACAAGAGCCCCCAGCACUCCGUCAGCUCUCCUAGUCCCCGGGCCCGCGUCUCCCGAGUCACCGGAGAGAAGGGCCGACCGUGGAGCCCGUCGGCCAGCUAUGACCUGAGGGAGCGGCUGUGCCCAGGCAGUGCCCUGGGCGGCCCGGGUGGCCCGGAGCAGCAGGUGCCCACUGACGAGGCGGAGGCUCAGAUGCUGGGCUCUGCAGACCUGGAUGAUAUGAAGAGUCACCGGCUGGAGGACAACCCUGGUGUGCGGCGGCACCUGGUCAAGAAGCCAUCUCGGACACAGAGUGGGAGGGGCAGCGCCAGUGGCCUGGCCCCCGUCCUGCGCAGGAAGAAGAAGCAGCAGCAGCUGGACCGUCGGCCCCAUGAGGUGUUUGUGGAGCUGAACGAGCUGAUGCUGGAUCGCAGCCAGGAGCCCCACUGGCGGGAGACGGCCCGCUGGAUCAAGUUUGAGGAGGAUGUGGAGGAAGAGACGGAGCGCUGGGGAAAGCCCCACGUGGCCUCGCUCUCCUUCCGAAGCCUGCUGGAACUCAGGAGGACCAUAGCCCACGGGGCUGCCCUUCUCGACCUGGAGCAGACCACUCUGCCAGGCAUCGCGCACCUCGUGGUGGAGACUAUGAUUGUGUCUGACCAGAUCCGGCCGGAGGACAGGGCCAGUGUCCUUCGCACUCUGCUGCUGAAACACAGCCAUCCCAAUGAUGACAAAGACAGUGGCUUCUUUCCCCGAAAUGCGUCCAGCUCCAGUGUGAACUCUGUCCUAGGGAAUCACCACCCAACCCCCAGCCACGGCCCUGACGGUGCAGUGCCCACCAUGGCUGAUGACCUGGGGGAGCCAGCCCCACUCUGGCCUCACGACCCUGAGGCCAAGGAGAAGCCCCUGCACAUGCCUGGGGGAGAUGGUCACCGGGGGAAAAGCCUGAAGCUGCUGGAGAAGAUCCCUGAAGAUGCUGAGGCUACUGUUGUGCUCGUGGGCUGUGUGCCUUUCUUGGAGCAGCCAGCGGCCGCCUUUGUGCGCCUGAACGAGGCCGUACUCUUGGAGUCUGUGCUUGAGGUCCCCGUGCCAGUUCGCUUCCUCUUCGUGAUGCUGGGGCCAAGCCACACCAGCACCGACUAUCAUGAGCUUGGGCGCUCCAUUGCCACCCUCAUGUCUGACAAGCUGUUCCAUGAGGCUGCCUACCAGGCGGACGACCGGCAGGACCUCCUGAGCGCCAUCAGCGAGUUCCUGGAUGGCAGCAUCGUGAUCCCCCCGUCCGAGGUGGAAGGCCGAGACCUGCUGCGCUCCGUGGCUGCCUUCCAGCGCGAGCUGCUCAGAAAGCGCCGGGAGCGUGAGCAGACCAAAGCUGAGCUGACCACCCAGGGUGGCUACGUGGCCCCCGGGAAAGAACUGUCAAUGGAACUGGGGAGCUCUGAGGCUGCCCCUGAUGAUGACCCCCUGCUGCGGACUGGCUCAGUGUUUGGGGGGCUUGUCCGGGACGUGAAGCGCCGGUACCCGCACUACCCCAGUGACCUGCGGGACGCCCUGCACUCCCAGUGUGUGGCCGCCGUGCUCUUCAUCUACUUCGCUGCCCUCAGCCCCGCCAUCACCUUCGGGGGGCUGCUAGGGGAGAAGACAGAGGGGCUGAUGGGUGUGUCUGAGCUGAUCGUCUCCACGGCUGUGCUUGGCGUUCUCUUUUCUCUGCUGGGGGCCCAGCCGCUGCUCGUGGUCGGCUUCUCGGGGCCACUGCUCGUCUUUGAAGAAGCCUUCUUCAAGUUCUGCCGGGCCCAGGACUUGGAGUAUCUCACGGGCCGUGUGUGGGUUGGCCUCUGGCUGGUGGUCUUCGUCCUCGCCCUAGUGGCCGCGGAAGGCAGCUUCCUGGUCCGCUACAUCUCACCUUUCACCCAGGAGAUCUUCGCCUUCCUCAUCUCGCUCAUUUUCAUCUAUGAGACCUUCCACAAGCUCUACAAGGUGUUCACGGAGCACCCACUGCUGCCAUUCUACCCCCCUGAGGGAGCCCUGGAGGCGGAGCUGGACCUGAAUGCGAGUGCCCUGCCCCCCACCGAGGGGCCGCCGGGCCCCAGGAACCAGCCCAACACGGCUCUGCUGUCCCUCAUCCUCAUGCUGGGGACCUUCCUCAUCGCCUUCUUCCUGCGCAAGUUCAGAAACAGCCGCUUCCUGGGCGGCAAGGCUCGCCGCAUCAUCGGGGACUUUGGCAUCCCAAUUUCCAUUCUGGUGAUGGUCCUGGUGGAUUACUCCAUCACAGACACCUACACACAGAAGCUGACGGUGCCCACGGGGCUCUCAGUGACCUCCCCCAGCAAGCGCACGUGGUUCAUCCCGCCUCUGGGCAGUGCGCGUCCUUUCCCGCCCUGGAUGAUGGUGGCGGCCGCUGUGCCUGCACUCCUGGUCCUCAUCCUGAUCUUCAUGGAGACACAGAUCACUGCGCUCAUCGUUAGCCAGAAGGCGCGGAGGCUGCUCAAAGGCUCUGGCUUCCACCUGGACCUGCUUCUGAUCGGCUCCCUGGGUGGGCUCUGUGGCUUGUUUGGGUUGCCCUGGCUCACGGCUGCCACCGUCCGCUCGGUGACCCACGUGAAUGCGCUGACCGUUAUGCGCACUGCCAUUGCGCCCGGCGACAAGCCCCAGAUCCAGGAAGUUCGGGAGCAGCGGGUCACUGGAGUGCUCAUCGCCAGCCUUGUAGGUCUGUCCAUCGUCAUGGGGGCUGUGCUACGUCGGAUCCCACUGGCCGUGCUCUUUGGGAUUUUCCUGUACAUGGGGGUCACAUCGCUGUCUGGUAUCCAGCUGUCCCAGCGUCUAUUGCUCAUCCUCAUGCCGGCAAAACACCAUCCCGAACAGCCCUACGUGACCAAGGUGAAGACCUGGCGGAUGCACCUCUUUACGUGCAUUCAGCUGGGCUGCAUCGCACUGCUCUGGGUGGUCAAGUCCACGGCGGCCUCACUCGCCUUUCCCUUCGUGCUGCUGCUCACAGUGCCUCUGAGGCGUUGCCUUCUGCCCCGGCUCUUCCAGGACAGGGAGCUGCAGGCGCUGGACUCUGAAGAUGCUGAACCAAACUUUGAUGAAGAUGGCCAGGACGAGUACAACGAACUUCAUAUGCCCGUGUGAUCCUCCACCAUGGCGCUGCUGGGAGACCCUGACACUUUAGUGAUCAACACCUGGGCCCCAGUCAGAGCCCAACCCCAGGGCCAGCUGACUCCUCAUGACCCAGAGACGUGCCUGGAACCACUACUGUUGCCUCAGCCAGAAGGACCCCCCUGACUCUACCCCAGGCGCUGACCUCGUCUCACCCAAGUCCUUUCACAGACCAGACCGGCACAGGCUUUGAGCUCAUUAUAACCACACUCCUUGUCUUGUGUCUGCUUCA